CCUGAUAUGUAUGACGUUGACCAAUAUAAUAAUGUUUCUAUGGAUUCCGAUAUUUUUAAGCAUUUUGAUAAAUCAUUCAUCGGUACAGGCCAAACCGGAAGUGGUCAUUCUCCAGGGAAACGAUGGGCAAAUUACAUCCCCAGGUUACCCCGGUAAUUACCUAAACAAUGUAAAUGACACGUGGAUUAUAAAGACUGAUGACAAAAGAGCCAAUGUGACAUUUUACAUUCAAGAAAUGGAUAUCGAAAAGACUCAAGGGUUUCCAUGUGGCGACUAUUUAGAGAUAACAGAAGCGGACCCAUGCUGCUUUCGUUUAUUUAAGAGAUGCGGUACUUUCAGUGGCCAUAUCAAGGGGCGAGGGAGAGAAAUUCGGGUGUCGUUUAUAUCUGACAGGACCAUUACUCGUAAGGGAUUCAGCCUUUACUGGAAAGUUUCUUCAACUUCGAAAGCUUCAGCAACAGACCGGGUGUCAACAAUCGUACAUUCAACUUUGAGGACAACAACUGUCUUUAAGAAAAUUGUCGCUAAAAAUAGAAGUGUGACUUCUCUUUCGAAAUUACCAACACCUUUAUCUACAACAAGCUUAGGAACGUCUACAAAAAUGACGUUAACGCCAUUUUUACAUGUAGAUAUGUCGACAUUAACUCUUUCCAAGGCUUUUAAAAUGAAAGACAAAUCGAUCCCCUGGAGAAUGUCAACAAAAAUAGACUCAAUUUCAUUGUUUAAUAUUAAAGCAUCAUCUACAUCGACAAAGACAAACGCUGAGAAGGAAAUGAACUUGAUAGCAGACAAGGACGUAUCCAGGAGUAGAACAUACCAACUGCAGGAACCACAACAAGCAUUAACGAUACUAGUUAGAAACACGACUAUGGCAUCUCAACCAUCGGAAACCUUGAAAACUGUUAUCAGACAACCAUCAACACCAUCGACAGCUCCACCAUCAACAUCAUCGACAGCUCCACCAUCAACAUCAUCGACAGCUCCACCCGAAAAAUCAUCAAAAACAUUCACAACUUUUACCCUACAAUCACUAAUACCACAGUCAACCUUUACUAAACUGCCAUCAAAACCACCAUCAACUGUUACCAAACAACCAUCAAAAACACGAGCAGCUGGACAUCAGUCAACUACUCCCUAUGUAUCGAGGACAGAUGCCAGCAAGAAGACAACGUCAGCGACCCUUUUAUCAAUUUCAAUUUCAGGUUUGUCCAUAAGUCUGCUGGCAUUAUUAUUUUGCAUUGUUAUCUACAAAAGAAAAAGAAAAAGACGAAAACGCUCCAGGAAUACAACCUCUAUACACACGCAUGAAUUUUUGUCAGGAUACGAACUCCGCUGUUAUAGGACCAUGCAAACCGGGCUUGUGCAAAUGAAGGAUUUCAGAGAAUGUUAUCAUUGAUUAGGGUGGCUCAAUAAAUAUGUAUACCAUGUAAUGAAUCUAUGAAGUAUUUGUUUUAAUGAUAUAAUUUUAUUAAAUCAUUUUCAUUGCACACUGUGGAUUUUUGCUUAGAAAUGAAAAAAGAA